AACAAACCUCCGACCCGAGGAACCAACCUCCGACCCGAGGAACCAACCUCCGACCCGGGGAACCGACCUCCGACCCGGGGAACAAACCAACCUCCGACCCGGGGAACAAACCUCCGACCCGAGGAACCAACCUCCGACCCGGGGAACAAACCUCCGACCCGAGGAACCAACCUCCGACCCGGGGAACAAACCUCCGACCCGAGGAACCGACCUCCGACCCGGGGAACACUCCAACCCGACCCGGGGAACACCCUGGGCUAGAGGGUCCGGACCAGCGUCAGCAGCAUGUGUGACAGCAGAGAGGUUCCGAGCGGGAAGGUGUACCGGCAGCUGUUUGACGCUCAGGUUCAGCUGUCCAGAUCGCUGCUGGCUGGACGCAAAGACACGAGGACAGACUGUCUGUCUGCUGAACACAGCGACACACACUGCAGCACAGCCAGCAGGUUGUUGUGUUUGUCCAGCAGGGGGCAGCAGGUGGAUGAUGAUGAUGAUGAUGAUGAUGAUGCCAUAAAUGAUGUCAGCAGACUUCCUGACACUGUGGUGGUCGAUUGUCCAAGCUCUGACAUCAUCGAACGACUGACGCAGAAGAAAAACAAAAAACACAAAGAAGCUGUGAAACAGCUGGAUGCAGAGCUGACAGCACUCACACAGGUGUGUGAGACUCAGGUGAAGGCCAUCAGCAUGGACCUGCUGUCCUCUCUGCAGGACGUGAACCUCAGAUUGGACACCCUGAAGGUCAGAAUGGAGCAGCUGGAACACGUCAGUCUGCAGGAGCUGUGUGGUCUCUGGGAGGAGGUGGAGGAGGAGGUGAAGCUGAAGAAGAUCAGGAUCAUGGAGCUGAACCACAAACUGACUGAAUGUGAAACACAACGAAGCAACAAGAUCAGAGCUGUCCUCAGGAUGUACUGCCACCUGCUGGAGAAGAUCAGCUCCCAGCCGCCCGCUGACAUCCACAGUCUGAUCCACAGCGAGGCCACGAUGCUGAAUCAGUCCCUGCUGGCUAACCGACGCAGCGCAGCUCGCCUCCUGCUGCUCCUCCAGGAGGAGAACCUGCAGCAGGAGUCACUCCUCCAUCUGCACUGGGAAGACUGUCUGAACCGCUGGAGGAGGAGCAGAGUCAGCCAGGUCAUAGACAAGUUCAGGAGUCUGUGUGGUGCAGAUGUGGAGCAGCAGCUGAUCUCAGAGCAGCAGAUGAUUCAGGAGAUGAGACAAACUCAGCAUCAGCUGACUGAACAACGCUGUGACAUCAUCUAUAAGAUCAGCCUCCUGGUCCCGCCCUCCUGCUCCACGGCUCUGGUCUGUGAUUGGUUCAACCAGCUGACAGCUGUCAAUCAACAGAUCGACAGUCUUUACACUGACUUCCUCCACCAGCUGCGUUGCAGAUGUGAGCAGGUGUGGCAGGAUCGUCUGGCAGAGGUGCAGCGCUGUGAGGAGGCGCUCUCAGCUCUGCAGCUGUCGGAGGAGGAGGUGACGGACGUCGUCAGCUCUCAGCUCCUCACUCUGAUUGGACAAAGCCAGAGACGGGAUGAAGAGCGAUUGGCUGCUUUAGACCUGUGGGCGGAGUCUGUGUCCCGUGCGUCGGUCCGUCUCAGCAGGUGUGUGUUUGUUGUGAUGCGAGCAGCAGCGUUGCUAUGGGAGACGCACCGCCGCAGCCUGGAGAGCAGAGAAGAAGACGUCCAGAGACGCCUGGACGAGCUCAGACGCUCACAGGAACAGCACGUACAGAGGAAGAAGGUGCGUCUGGACGACCUGCUGGGAGGACUGCGACAGGAGAGCAGCGAGGACGCUCUGAGGACGACGCUGGACACGACGGUCCGCUACCUGCAGGACAUCAAACACAGCUGCAGUCAGUGUGUCUCUGAUCAGUGGGAGGUGUUGGAUCGUCUCCCGUCUGUGUUUCUGGAGCAGCUCCUCUCCUACAGCAGCAGCCUCAGCUCCUUCUACCGCCUUAGCAGCACUUACACACCGUAUCAACAGAGUCCUGUUUGUCCUCAGAGUCCAGAAGAACUGCAGAACCUCCACCUGCCGUCCAGUAACACCAGUAACACCAGUAACACCAGCAGCCCUGACGGCGGCAGAACGACAGAUCCAGAGGAGAUGACAGAGAAACGUCCAAUCAGCUGUCAGAAUGAUAUAGACCCCGCCCAGCCCUCACAGGAUUGGCUGGCUGAGGCUGAGUCCUCUCUGCUGGAGCUCUAUGACAUCACCACCUAUGUCACGUUUACAUCAUCCAGGGGCGUGGCCUACACCGGCCCCGCCUUUAGAUGCCCCGCCCCCAACCUGCUGGACGACCUGCAGCAGGAAACACACGAGAACCUGUUUCCUGUGGAGCAUGUCACACUUGCACUGAGCAGGACACGGACUCUGUUCUUGGAUCACCUGGAACAGCGUUUCCAUGACGUCCUCAGCUCAGCUGUUGCCAUGGUAACAGACAGGAAGGAGGCGGUGCGUUUGGACCAGGAGCUCCAACUGAAGCAGCUCGACCCCCAAAACAUCCAGAACCACAUAUACCUGCCCCGCCUGGCUGAGCUGCAGCUCCACAGGCAGCGUGUGGACGAUCACUGUCAGCUGCUGGUGGACGUGUUGUCGUCCUGCAGGUCGGAGCUGCAGCAGCUGCAGACGACCAUCAGCAGGAAAAACCACAAGUUCACCAUCAGUCUGUCCAACAUGGAGGACGACGUCCUGACAGCCGACUGCAGCCAGAGUCUGGAGGCUCUUAGAUCCACCCUGCAGGACUGUGUGGAUCAUCAUAUCAAACAGACCCAGCGCAGUCAGACGUCCUUCAGACAGACGGUUCGGGUCCGACUGGAGGAUCUCAGACACAGAACGACUCGACUCCUGGACUCCUUCAGGCUGUUCAGUGAAGGAGGAGACUUUGCUCCUCAGGAGGUGAAGCUGUUCACCAGACGACUGAAGGAGGAAACCAGACAGCUGAGUGUGACGGAGGAGUUGAUCUACAGCCAGCUGGAGACCUUCGAGUCCAACAGUUUACAGCAGGUGAACGAGGCGUCGAGUCGCUUCGAGGAGAAACUUUCUCUGCUGCAGUCUGAGCUGAAAUUCACCGAGAAGAUCCAGAAAAUCAGCAGCAGCACACGAGUCCACAUCAAGGCUGAGGCCGUCAGCAGUAAUCAGCAUCAGUCACAGAUCAGCAGCAGGUUGGAAGAUCUGAGGAGGAUGAUGGACGACACACAGGUGUCUCCAGAUCAGGUUUGUUUAUUCUUGUCAUCAGUCAGUGGAGAACUCAGGAAGCGUUGUCACUACCUGGAUUUAUCAUUGGUGUCAGCUUGUCCUACAUCCAGGAAGCAGGUGCGGUCGGCUCCGCCCCCUGGUUUACUGCAGCCCUGCAGGUCAGGAGUGGACUUCCUGGAUGACCCUGCUGUAGGCGUGGUCAAGUCCCUGAACAGACUGUGCGUCCUGCAGCAGCAGUCAGCAGACAGACAGCCGACAGCUGCAGCUGCAGGUAAACUGCUCACUGACAGAAUAACUCCAGGACAGAAUCCUGUUCAACGUCUUCAACAGAGAAGCAUCGAGUCUGCCGGCGCUCAGAGUGUGAAGAGGGGCUGCAGGUCCAUCAGGAUGGAGAAAAGGUUCCAGAUAUUUGGACCCAAACCAGACGACUCAGAGCAGAACUCAGACUCCUUCAGCUCCAUCGUCAACUCGCUGCUCUGGAAGGCCAAUGAUGUGCUCCUGCUGGUUGCCGAGGAGUUCUACCAGACCGAGCGCUGCGUUCUCAGCAGGUUCCACCUGGUUCCUGACUGUCUGGACCAAUGGGCUGAGAGCAUGCAGCAGAGGCUGCUGGGAUACCAAGAACAGGCCAAGAGGUUUCUGAGCACGAGCAGAGAGGAGUUGGUCGACCAGCUAUGUGUGUUGGAGGAGAUGCUGCGUUCACUGCCCUCAGUUUUGAUCUGUAACUAUGAGCAACAGCAGGAGGCGGAGCUAAGAAAUGAGGUGGGCGGAGUCAGAGAGAAGCUGGAGGAGACGAUGGCGGCCAGCGAGGAGGAGAAGACGCUGAACGUCCGUCAGCUGCGAGCGUCUCUCAGCGAGGACGAGCUUCACUCUCUGACCAGCAGGGAGGAGCUCCGUCAGCAGCGGCUGCACGGCGCCAUCUGCUGCUCACACCUGGACCUGCAGGAGCGUGUGACAGUCCGAGGGGCGGAGUUUGUGACAUCACUGACCGCUUUCACAGAGAACCUGCUCCAUCAGCUGGAUCACCUGAUCACACCUGGAGAAACCAAGGCAGUAUCACAACAGCACUCUGAACACAGUGCCGUUACCAUGGAGACGAGCAGCAGGACCUGGUCUGGUACACCGCACCUGUCGCCCCCCAACAACAGCACCGCUGACUUGCCAGCAUCUGUUACCAUGGCAACCACAGCAUCCCUGGCUGUUAUAGAGCAGAGAGACGCUGCUGUAAAGAGGUUCGAGCAGUUGUUGAUGUCAGAGUUGUCACAUUCAGACUCCGACAAACAAAGACGACUGAGAGACCUACAGAGCUGGAACACACACUGGAGACAGCAGAUACACACUCUGACACACACACACUAACACACACACACACACACACACUAACACACACACACACACACACUGGA